GCGGGAGGCGGAAGAGGAUAAUUUAUUGUCUGGAGCCGAAUAUAAAUACGGACGAAGAUCCCGCUGGUGGGCGUGGUUUGCAUUGCAGCAUUGCAGUUAGAGCGCUAGAAACAGAGACAAUGGGAUAUCCAGACACAUUCGAAGGGUUCGCGGUCGAGUCGGCCGACAAAUGGACCGAGCCAAAGUACCGCGAGUACAAGCCGCGUCCGUUCGAGGAGCGCGACGUCGAUAUCGAGGUUCAGGCGUGUGGAGUCUGCGGGUCGGACGUGCACACUGUGACGUCGGGGUGGGGCGAGUGUCCUUAUCCUUUGGUCGUUGGACAUGAAAUUGUGGGCAUCGUCAAGAGAGUCGGCGACAAAUGCGAGACCGGGCUCAAAGUGGGCCAGCGCGUGGGCGUGGGCGCGCAGGCAUGGGCAUGCCUUUCCUGCCGCCAGUGCAAGGCCGACAACGAGGUCUACUGCCCGCAGAUGCGCGACACCUACGGCGCAAAGUACCCGGACGGGUCGAUCACGCAGGGCGGAUAUGCAUCGCACGUGCGCGUGCACGAGUACUUUGUCUUUCCGAUCCCGGACGUGCUCGAGACGACUGCUGUUGCGCCGAUGCUCUGCGCGGGCGCGACCGCGUUCUCGCCCUUGUACCGCAACGGAUGCGGGCCCGGUAAGCGGGUUGGGAUCGUGGGGAUUGGCGGGAUCGGCCACUUUGGGUUGUUGUUUGCAAAGGCACUUGGCGCAGAGGUGUUUGCGAUCAGUCGGUCGGACAAGAAGAAAGAGGACGCGUUCAAGCUUGGGGCGGACGGGUUCAUUGCGACGGAGAAGAAGGGCUGGAAUGAAGAGUACAGCAUGACGUUUGACUUGAUUGUGAACUGCGCAAACUCGUCCGAGAACUUUGACUUGGCGGCGUACAUGUCCCUGCUGGACGUGAACGGGCGGUUCAUCAACGUCGGGCUGCCGGAGGGCGACGGGUUCAAGAUCGAGCCGUUCAAGAUGAUUGGCAACGGCGCGGUGUUUGGGUUUUCGCAUAUCGCGAGCCGGCCGGAGAUUUUGAAGAUGCUCGAUAUCGCGGCGGAGAAGGGGGUUAAGUCGUGGGUCGAGACGUUGCCGGUGGGCGAGAAGGGGUGCGGGGAGGCGUUGAAGAGAUGUCAUGAUAACGAUGUGCGGUACAGGUUCACGUUGACGGACUACGAUAAGGCGUUUCCUAAGAAAUAAUUUUCAAUGACGUGGUUAUGCAUAUUGAAUG